AUGGACGUCGACUCCUCUCCCUCCGCCCGGCCCUCGGCCCCCACCGAUGCUCCCAACCCCACCAAGCCGCAGAUCGCCCUCGUCCCGAGCACGAAAGGCCAUCGCCCAUGGAAGAAACCGAAGACAAGGAGAGCUUCUGCCCAACGCCGCACGGCUAGUCUUAAGAUCUCCCUCGAAAUGAAGAAUAAGCGCCGCCAGGAUCGUGCCGCUUUGCUUCGCAUCGUCAAGGCUGCCAAGGAAGCUGAUGCCAACUCAAAGCAAGCCGAACGGAAGCGGAGAGCUGACAAGAGGAAACUAAAGGAGGAGAACGAGCGAAGAAGCACGCAAAAGGUCGUCAUUACAAACCCCAAGAAACUGGCGAGGAUGAGCAAGAAACAGUAUCUCAAAUACGUCCAUCAAUCGAAAUGA